AUGAGUUUGUCUGGUCUAUCGCACAAAGAGGCUAGGUUUUAUAAUAGCAAUUUUAGCUGUACCUCGCCUCUCACUCUCGCGAUUCCCCGCGUCUCGUUGGUUGAACGUUUCCCGUAUAUACACUCUCACGGUCAUCUUCGUUCCCCGCUGCCCGGACGAUGGUAUGUGUAUUACCAUACCUCUCCGGCAUGGGUGACCAUAGACCGGCUCAGAAGUGGCCGAGACAUUCGCCUCUCGACCGCGACCAUGAGAGCACUCAACUCGCGACGGCCACAGCUAACGAGUAUCCUCUGUCUCUUCCCUCGUUCCCUCCUCUGGCUACUUCUGCUGCUGUUCGUUUUUCACGGCGGUCGAGCGCGCAGUGUACCCCGCGAUGAGGAGAGUCUGGUCCAGCCCGGGGCCAAACAUUCGGCGAUCGAGGACAAAGCCGACAUUGCACCAAAGGAACCGCAGGUGAACAGUGCGCAAGGGGAACCAGUGCAAGGGAAGCUCGCGCCGGAAGAGAGCCAUGGCGCUGAGGACGAAGAGCCUGAGAUCGAGCCUGAGAAACCGAGGGACGUCGAUGGGAAGAUUCCGCAGCCAAAGGCCGAGGAAGGGGACAAGUUCGACGAGUCGCCGAGAGAGAACGUCUUGGCGUCCCUUCAGGAUCUCGACCCUGAGAAAGAGAAGUCGAAGAGAAUCGACCUGGCCGAUGACGAGCCAUCGAGCGAUGGAGACGCCAAGAUCGACGUCGAUGCCGGGGACGGCGACGCCGACGCCGACGCCGACGCGCUGAAGCAGGACGACGAGGAGGCCAGCGUGGCUAAGAAGAGGAGGAGAAACGACGUGGCUCUUAUAGGUAAGUCUGACCUUGGAGAAACCGACGGGGCUCCAGGGCUCGAGAAGAUCGAGGACGAAGGAAUUCGGAGGUUCGACGUGCAAGUGGACGGGGAAGGGGUUGGUCCUUCGCGAGAGAAUGUAAACAACUUGGAAGAUAACGAUGCUGGUGGACGAAAGAGGUUAGUCGAAGCUCAACAAGUCGCUGAGCCUAAAGUAGAAGAGGAUGGGCCGGAAAAAGAAAUCGACGCGAAACAAGCUUCCGUAGAGAUAAUUCCUCCAGAGGCUCCCAUCACAGAACUCGAACUGCCGAAAGAAAUCCCAGGAGACAGCGUUCAGCUCGAGGAGAGAAUCCCUUCGAACGAGAAUUCGAAUCCCGAGGACAACAAGGAGUCGAACAAGGACAGAGAGUUUCGGUAUUUGGACGAUAGCCCGAGAAAAUCCAGACGCAAGAGUUCCACCGUGUACUUGAACGCCGAAGAGAAGAAGAUUCCCGACGGGGAGCAGCAGUCGAUCGUCGAGGGGCAAAUCAAGAAGCUGAUUUCCAUUCGCAACGACGCCCUGGGCGCCCAGAACACCGACAAGCUGGACGAGACCAAGCUCUUGAACUCGAAACGCAACGUUGGAGUGGACGAAGUCACCAUCACCCAGGAGAAUGUCCAGAACGAGCAGUCGAACAAGUCGGGCAGAGCUCAUAGUCUUCAUCAGGUCAGACUGAUCGCCCCGGAGACCGUGGUGUACAAUAUCCUGCAGGACGCCCUGGAAUCCUAUCCCAGCGACGAGACGUUGGUGUCGUACGUGAAUCCCGAGAACGAGACCCUGAAGGAACUUCUGAGCCCCAACCAGCUGGGUAUUAUUCAGAUGGGAGAGAAACUGUUGCCCUUGUCGCUGCGCCAAGAAUACUCGGACAGGAUGUUCUCCUGCGUGAGGAGAUUCGAAUAUUUCAGCUGCAUAAAGUACUUUGCCUGGCCCAUGAUCAAGCAGUACUUCCCAACGUUGCCAGCGUUCCCAGAUUAUCCUUCCUGGAACCCUGGCAUCGACUUGUAUCCGCAGUACCCCAUCCUUCCCUUCCCCAGUUUCUCGGGAGACGUUGGCGAGCUGCCAGAGGUCGUGGAUGCCGAUGCCACCAGAACGAGGAAGCCUAGGCCAGAGGUGGUGAUCAUUCAGGUUCUCCAGAGGACUUUGAAGGAGCAGCCACUGAUAUCUACGUCGCCAUCUUUCUUGGAUCGCUCCGUGGACUCUUACGGUGCUCCGAUACCUCAGGAUCAAUUAUUGACGAUCAACAUGGCGGAGCAGUUGAUUCCAGUUUCCUAUCGACCUGAAUUCGUUCAAAAGAGCGUCAACUGCAUGAAGGAGUACAACUACCUCUCCUGCAUCAAGUAUUCGACCUGGCCCACCGUCAGACAGUUCAUACCCACUCUCCCAGACAUCUCAGGGAUACUACCAGACUUCCAAAUUCCAGGGAUAUCGGACAUCGUCAGCUACGUCCCGGAGAUCCCGAGCUAUCCAGACUUGAGUUCCUACUGGCCAAUUGGGAGCACUUCUGACCAACAGGCACCAGCUACGCCAACUUUUGUCGUGUUGAAGAACGGUCCGGAGCUUCUGACACCUUCCAAUGAACUGGAGGCGAAGAUCAUGGAGACCUUGCUCAAGGUACGAGAGUCCCUUCCCAAAUCUUCGGAAGUAUCGCCGUUUCUCCUGACAGGAAACGUGAUAACCUUCACGACGUUCACCAAGAGUCAGCUGGAUAUUCUGCGAGCCGUCGAAUGUCUCAUCCCUCCAGUUGCUCGACCAGCUCUCGUCACCGAAGUCCUCGUCUACCUUCAGAAGAACGACAACUUUAUCGACUGCGCGAGAUACGUCAUGUGGCCGACGAUCGCCAGAUAUGUAGCGAACUUGCCCGAGUUUCCUAUUCCCGAGCUGAAAACGGAACUAGUUGAUUCUUCGAAUAGCCAGCAACAGCUGGAAGUAAAGGAAAUCGCCAUCAAGGAUCAGACGCAGGAACGCGUCGGCGCGGUCGUUGAGAUCGAAAAGGCCGUUACCUCUCGUUUUCAAGAUAAGGAAUCUCGAGACAAGGCACAGCAGAACGUUCCAGUGAUCAGCGUGACGGGCACCAGGUUCGACCCACUGUUCUCCGAGCACCCAGAGUCUGUCAUCUUCAACAUCCUCCGAUCGGUGCAACUGCAAGCUCUGAAUCUGAACCGAGGAACCGUUCAGGCUCCAGGGACCAAGAACCAGCAGUUCCUCGACUUGAUCACCGAACAGCAGCAGAACAUCGUGAACAUCGUGGACAGCCUGCUGCCCCAGGGUGUUCGAACCGAGUUUGCCACUCAGCUGAUCGAGUGUCUUCGAAUAAACAACUUCUUGGUGUGCACCAGGGACGUGAUCUGGCCGACGAUGUCGCAGUACUUCCCCUGGCUGCCCAGUUUCCCCGAUUUCGGGUCUCUCGUCAACACCUCGGCAACUACGCCUCCUCCAGCCAAACAGAAUCUGACGAAGGUCACCGAGGAGGUUCGACCACUCGCAGAAACCAACGUCAAGACCGAUUUGGCCGGAGACACCACCGUGACCAUCACCGACACCAGGUUCUACCCAAUCUUCAACGAGGUGCCAGAAUCGGUGAUACAGAACAUCCUGAGGAGCGUGCAGGUCUCGGCUCCAAACUUGCCAAGCGUUCCGAGUAUCGUCAAGUCCGAGGAGCUAGGCAGUUUCGUCACAGAGCAGCAGGUACGAAUCACGCAGAUAGCAGAAAGUCUGCUGCCGGUCCCGCUACGUCCAAACUACUUGAGCAAGAUGUCGCGAUGCCUCAAGGACAAGACCUUCAUGGAGUGCACCAGGGACAUUACUUGGCCGACGAUUGCUGAAAUUUACCCGUUCCUCCCGAACUUUCCCAAUUUCGGUGAGUAUCAGAAUACUCCGAGGAUCAAAUUCCGGGUAUUCCUUGAGAAAUCAUCGAGCUUGGAGGGGCAAACGGCCCAGAACAAGAGUCAGAAAACGGAAGCAUUGAUGUUGCUGGAAGCCGAGGAAAGAAUAGAGAAUAUUCUGCUGAACUCGUUGGACACGUCGAGCGCGAAACUCGGCCAAUCUUAUUUGGACGUCAGCAAUCUAGCCUUCUAUAAUCUAACCAAGCGUCAGGAUUAUAUCAUCAGGCUGAUCGAAGCUGGAAUGCCAGAGCCGAUUCGAGCGGUCUACGUGGCGAAUAUGUUGGAGUGCACGAGGAGCUUCAACUUCGUGGCGUGUGUGCAGAACACUGGCUGGCCCACUCUGAAGCAGUACAUUUCCUCUCUGCCAGACAUUUCCAACAUCGUCCAGCCACCUCAGUUGACCAGCGUCCCUCAGCUUUCCUUGGAGCGGCUUCCCUCUCUGCCGAAUCUCGAUGCUCCUGAUACCACCGUUUGCCGAAUCUUCUGGACAGGGAGCCUCUGGAGCCCAAUUUCUCUCUCAGUCUCAAAUCCAAGGAGCCUCGAUUACGCCGUCAGUAACCAAGGAGCAGUACCCGGCUACGCUGGCCAACCGCCAGGAAUCCUCAUAGACAUCUCGAAGGAGAAGGUUCCGUUACACGACGUCGUCCAGCAAGCAAAGACCGAUGACUCGAGAUCGUCGUCGAGCGCCAGAAGACGCAGGAGCGUAGAGCUUUCGAACAUCUUUUACGAGAUCGACGGACCACCUGAGAGUCCUUCGUCCUCCUCAACGUUUCCAAACAUCACGGAAUCCGAGUAUCUUCAGCUUUUAAUUAAAGUCAGAGAGACCGUCAGAUCGAGCAGCGAUACGCGCUCCGAAUCGAAGGAUUACUUCGUCGACACUUUGAACGGCACGAUCAGAGGCUCGUUGACCGCCGACCAAUACGAGAUACUGAAGGUCGUCGAGGACCUGGACCAACAAUCGUCGAGCAGAGGACUCGCGCAGCAGGUUAUCCAGUGCAUCACGGGUGCAAGCUUUAUCAGAUGUUUGGGUAUCUUCAUUUGGCCUCUGAUCGUCAGCAAUCUACCGUCUCUGCCUUCUCUCUCGGGCUUCGGUAUCUUCGGACGGUCGUUGGACACGGAGCAGCAGGUGCAGGAGUUGUUUGGCAUGUCCACCAGCGACGUAGAGAAGGAACUGUUGACGAGGAAGGAGGCGAUAGAAAACUUGAUGCUGGAUUGGUACGAAAAACUGGUUGACGAGAAGUUCCAGACGAACCUGGCUUUCCUGAAGAUCACAGGCUACGGAAACGGGGAACUGGGUAUCAGCUUCUCUGGUUUCAGAGAGGGCAGGGGUGCUAAACUCAAGGACAACAAGAAUCUCCCCAGCAUAUUGACGAUCAUCAGCGACAUCAUGGAGGAAGUCCUAGAUCAGCGUCCAGAAGGCGAAAAGCCGAAGAAGGACAAGGAGAAGAGGGAGAGGAGCAUAGACAGCUCGAGGGAGUCUGACAUCCAGUUCCUGAAGGACAGCGAGGAGUACGUCGACAUCAAGAGAUCGAUGAACGACGACGAGAUCAUCACCAUGUUCCUCAACAAGAUCAAGAACGACUCCGACGCGGACGACGACAACGCCAAGUACUUCGGUUUGGAGGACGCUUACGAUGCUUUCGGGGUCCUCUUCGGGCCACGAUUGCACAGCAGGCUCGCGGACAAACUGCAAAACCUGCACCAUCGGUUCAGAUCAUUGGACGAAACUGCUCCGAGCAGCGAGAAAGUAGACAUCGUGUCUGUAGAAAAUGGUGGCCACGAACCCAAGGUUCUAUCCUUGAAGAGUCAAGCGAUGUACGACUUGGAGAAGGAGUCUUCCAGAGACCAAGAAGAAAAACAGCGACAGAAGCGGGCCAAGAACUUGUUGAAGACGUACUUUGCGAAGCACUCGGGGAAUUAUUUAACGGAGCCUGUCGUGGCGGACGACGUGAAUGAAAACAGAAUCAUCGAGGAGGAGGAGGAGGAGGAGGAGGAGGAGGAGGAGGUCGAGGGCAGGAGGUCGGGUCUGAUCGUGAAGCUGCCGCGACUGGACGACGAAAUCCUGCCCCGGAAAAUGACGAGCACCAUCGCGCACUUGGGCAGGACGAUGAAGGACAAGAUGAUGCAGAUGAUGCCAGCAGUUGGGGUGGUCUUAUCGUUUCUGCUUCAAAUGGCCGUGGCGCACGCGCGGGCGGCCGCGUCCAUGGCUGGGAUGAUCAGCAACAUGGCCAUGGGCUCGGCCGUAAUCGGAAUGAUCCGGGACACAUUCUUCGGGGGGAACAGACAUCCGCAGAUUAAGUACGUCUACGAUAACGACAAGGUGGGACCAUCCGUCUCCUGGCCCAUCAAUCACGGGCCCGUAUCUGGCUCUCGGUAUCGCGGCCUGUAGACCGAAUCCUCGUGAUCGAGAUGUUGCUUUAAAGUAAAUUACUUGCGUGCAUGAACGACCUCGGUAUCGCUCGACUAAAUCUGGUGACCGUAGCCAUAAGGAUAGACACCACGAUAUCUCGAACGGAUACUUAACGAUAGAAUUACGGGGCUGAGCUGGAAGCAGUGGCGCCGCCAGAGGGCUGCAAGAUAACGAUUGCUAUAAAUAUUCAAUGUUUGAAAGAGUAUGAAGGUAGGAUAGUGUAAGGAUUUGUAAGAUUUUAGAAAAAUGUUUAUAGAAAAUUUGUCUCUAUUUUGUGUCUUCGAUAAGGUUUUGUAGAGGGUAACCGACUCCCCCGCUUGCGAGUGGUUGCGCCACUGCUCGGAUUAGACUCGCGCGUGUAGUCUCGCCUGGGAGCCAUUUUAACGUAGCACGAGGGUUUUAGGGUAAAACGUGUAGCGGCUAUACUUUCUUAGGAUCUUAGUUAUGCACGGCACUUGGUCUACUAACGGUUAACGGCGAAGCUUUGUCGUCGCAGAGUUCGUCGUUUUGUUUCGUUGAUGGCUGAUCGACAGUGAACGUUUCCAUUGGGGCUAGCUUUAAUUAUCUUUCGUACACGAUCGAGGAUGGUCGGUGAUAUCUCUCCGAUCUUCUUGGAAAUAUCUACGUAGACUUUCUGUUUUAGUAGCACGGAUUGCAGAGACUCGGUUUUUUUUUUAGUCGGGAACGAAUGAUUCGGAUCCUGUUCACUUCAUUUUUCGUUCCUAGGGGGAUUCACGGGUGACGGGUAUAACAAUUUCUCCAUUACGCUAUUCUCUAAUCGAUCUCCAUGUACUCGAUAUGCGCUCAAUAAUAAUAGAAAACUAGGUUGGAAUAUUGUAAAACCUCUAGUUUGUAAGACGGUGGGCGAUUUUCGCCGAUACUACG